AUGAAUUCAACUGCUCCUAUUGCAAUAGGCACGCGAGGCACAGUGGGGGCUCUGGUGAGGAAAGAAAUUGAGUAUUUCAGCAAGCUUCAGCUAGACCGCCAUGGAAGCUCGAGAAAGCCUAGGGGAUCAGUACAUGUUCAUCAAGCUGCUUGGCCUAGUUUGAGGUUCUUGGUCACUCCAUGGAAAAGGAAGAAGCAUAGAUCAUGCACAAGGAGUUUCCUUCCGAGCAUGUGCUCCGUCGCCGAAGUCGUGGAGAGAAAUCAGCUAAGUGGGAUUCCUGGUUUCAGUUACAGGGUUCUCAGCAAUGAUAUGAAUUCGAACUUGGACGUUUAG